AUGAAACUGACUACGUCCUUCCCAAUUUUGGCUAUGACCACUGCCGCAGCGCUGGCACACCUAAGAGAUGUAUCGCCGGUUUAUUUCUUCACUUUCGGGGACUCGUAUUCCAUGACUAGUUUUGAUACUAGUGGUGUGCAACCGAGCGCGUCCAAUCCAAUGGGCAACCCUACAUUAGGCCAAGGAACAACCACUGGAGGCUUGAAUUGGAUCGAAUAUCUUACUACUGAAUGCAACAAGACCUUAGUUCUCACUUAUGACCUCGCAGUUGGUGGGGCUACAAUUGACAACGACAUUGUUUCUAAUCCAGGAUAUGAUGAUGAUGUAGUUUAUCAGGUUGGGGUGUUUGACUCAGUUUACAAGGAUAGUCCUUCGGAUGCUCCGUGGACAUCCUCAGACGCGGUUUUCGGUUUUUGGAUUGGAGUUAAUGAUGCGGGAAAUUCAUAUUGGAAUUCGGACCCCGAAAACAUUACUUCAGCCCUAGCAAAUGAGUACGAGUCACUCGUUGAGCAAAUAUAUACAGACGGUGGGCGCAAGUUUCUGUUUCUGAAUGUGCCCUCUAUCCAGGAAAGUCCUUUUUGGGAAAGUCAAGGAACCACGGUUGUCCAAGAACUCGCAAAUUAUCUCACCGUGUUCAACGGGGCGAUCAAGAACAUGACUUCAAAUUUCCAGCAGAAAUACUCCGACGCUACGGUUGUUUUCUAUGAUUCUUUUACUCUCAUGACGGCCAUCCUAGCCUCACCCACAAAAUAUGGAUAUCCAAAUGACACAGCGGCGUCAUGCUAUAAUUCAGAUGGGAGCACUUGUGUGUGGUGGAAUAGCCUACACCCUGGAUAUAAGUUUCAUCAGUUAAUGGCCGAAGAGUUAGCACCUCAAAUAUCUUCCUUCGGUGGAUGGUGA